AGGGAGGUUAUUUUAACAUUAUAAGUAUAAGAAAUCCAACAUAAAUUUCAAAACCGUUCAUUAUGAGGAGGUGUUCAUCCAAGAGAAGUUUACCCAAGAGAAGUUGCACUCAGGUAGUAGAGUGACCAACCGUACAGGUUUGGCCUGUACAGUACAGGAAUUGAACAAUCUGUUCAGUGUACAGGCAGGGGUCUCACCUGUACUAUACAAUGUCCAGGCGAGAAAUUGA